CCUGUAGAGCCGAUCAGUCGCUCUGCACCAUCAACAACAUGGCCAUACGCAGGAAAGACAGUUUCCUCUGGGGGAGAGCUCCACUGAAACUCCCCUCAACAGAAAGGAGGCGGGGUGACACCAUCAAGACUGAGUUGCUGGAUGACAUUCAGAAACUGAGGUUGGAGAUCAGUCACACCAUGGCAGAAAUCCACAACCCUGAGAUGAAGAAUAAAAAUGUUAUGAGGAACAGGAGAUUCUUGCGUGGAAAAAAGAAAUUCAACAUGGACCCUAAAAUGGGCAUCCAUUACAUGGUCGAAAAUGACCUGCUUGAAUGGCGUGCAGAUUCAGUGGCCGAGUUUCUUUACAAAGAGGAAGGCCUGAACAAGACCGCCAUUGGCAACUUCUUGGGAGAGAGGGAGGAAAUGUAUCUGAAGAUACUGAAAGCAUUUGUGGGUCUGCAUGAAUUCUCAGAUUUGAAUCUGGUACAGGCGCUGAGGCAGUUUCUGUGGAGCUUUCGUCUCCCAGGAGAAGCUCAGAAAAUUGACAGGAUGAUGGAGGCGUUUGCAGCUCGCUACUGUGGCUGUAACCCAGGGGUCUUCCAGUCCACAGACACCUGCUACAUCCUGUCUUUUGCCAUCAUUAUGCUCAACACGAGUCUCCACAACCCCAAUGUGAAAGACAAACCCAGUCUGCAGCGUUUUGUUUCCAUGAACAGAGGAAUCAACAAUGGGGAAGACCUGCCCACCGAGCUGCUCACGAAACUGUACACAAGCAUCCGCAGUGAGCCGUUCAAAAUCCCAGAGGAUGAUGGGAAUGACCUCACAUUGACAUUUUUUAAUCCAGACAGAGAGGGCUGGCUCCUUAAAAUCGGUGGCCGCAUUAAAACCUGGAAGAGGAGGUGGUUCAUUCUGACAGACAGCUGCCUGUACUACUUUGAAUACACCACAGAUAAGGAUCCAAUUGGGAUUAUUCCUCUGGAGAACCUGUGUGUCAGGAAGCUAGAGGACACAAGCAAACCGUAUUGUCUGGAGUUAUAUAACCCCAAAGGACAAAAGAUCAAGGCCUGCAAGACGGAGAACAAAGGCAGAGUGGUGCAGGGCAAACACCAAUCCUAUAAACUCAGCGCAGCCAGUGAAGAAGAACGGGACAACUGGAUAGAGGCGAUCAGGACAAGCAUCACCAAGGACCCUUUUUAUGACUUGGUGUGUCUACGUAAAAGGAGGGUCAUUAGCAACACUUCCUCAUAGGACUGAAACACCAUCUGAGUUGGAUUCUGGAUAUUUUUAUGGAUAAAUCAUCUUGUGACUUUUACAACAGAGACCGUUCAGGAAAAAUGAAGCCAAAACUGAAGCACAUAGCAUUUCAUAUAAAUGUAGAAAUUAGGAAGAGACAACUGUUAAAAUGUGAAAUGAAAAAAAAAAGUGAACAAUUUGUCGCUUGCAGCGUAAAGUCUUCACAUUCCUUGUGCAAACUGUGUGCACUACUGCUCUGACGUCAGGGGCUGACAGCUCCUACGGAGACACAUCUGCUGUUGAGGCAGGGCUAGAGACGGCCUACAGGGCAGAGACUUCCCCUGGUGUCCCAGAGUCAGAAGCUGGUACAGCAGGGAGUCAGACUGUUAAUGUCAUCAGAUUACUGAAUGGGCCUGCUGGGUGCAGGCCCAGAGACUAAUACAUGAAAUUUCAUGUUGGGAAGUCAAAUGGCCAUAAACAGAUACAAUAGAAACUAAAAAGAGAUGCAAAAAUGACCCUAAUGAGACGAAACAACAAGCAAAAUCACAUAAAAUGGAUAAAAAGCAAUGCAAAAUCACAUAGCAUGGAUUAAAAGCAAUGCAAAACAACUACAAACAGACAAAAACAAUCACAAAAAGGAAAAAAAUUGACUAGAAUGAAAUCCAAAAUGACCACAAAGAGGCACACAGCGAUCACAAAAUAAAGCAGAAUGACCACAAAGAGCCAGAAAAUGGCACAAAUUAACAACAAAGUAAUGCAAAAUGACUACACAGACACAAAAACGACCACUAUAGACAAAAAAUGACCACUGUGACCAUCACAUCUAUUGAAGUGGUGGAGGACAUUCUGUAUGUCUGUGUCCACAGGAUCAGUGUCUCAUAACCUUUCUAAGGCUCUAGGCCAAUUGAAGUGACAAACAACAAUUAUUUAUCAAUUGUAUUUCAUGUCAAAAUAUUUUGUUAAGUUGUUUAUUUGGUUUUCAUUUGCUACCCCCCGUUCAAACAAUUCUAAAUCAGCCUCAAUCUGCUGUUCACACACUUUAAUCUGCAGAGUUCGAGCUGGAAAAUUUGAUAAAAUAUUGCUAACUGGAUCAGUAGGAGAAGAGUAUGUAGCACUUUGUUAAACUUGUUCUGGGUGUCUUGAACAGAGACAUUUUAGAAGGAGAGGGGAAAAACCCCAAAUAUUAGGAUUUAGGGUAAACUCCACAGACCAUGAGCUGUCAGGUUUUUCCACAUUUCUUACUUUGCUUACUCAUCAAUUCUUGUGAAUAACAUCCUUUUCUUUCCUGUAAAUGUCAGUUCUUAAAUUGAUAUACAGUAAAUAGAAUGUAAAAGCACAAACGCCACCCAAAAAUCUAUUCAACUUCUUAAAAUAUUAAUUUGCACAAGUUGUACAAUAUAUUAU